GGCGGCGGCGGCGCCAUGGAGCUGGGGGCGGGCGCGGGGGCGGGCGCGAGCCCCGGCGCGCGGGGCGGCGCGGAGUCGGGCCGCGUCCUGCUGCUGCUGAUGGGCGGCGGCGGCGGCGGCGCGGGCCGGGCGCGGCGGGGCGGCGCGGAGGCGGAGGCGGGGCCCGGCCCGGGGGGCCCCGAGGCGGCGCGGGGCCCCGAGCCGCGCUCCCCGCCCGCCCCCGACUACGAGGCGCUGCCGCAGGGCGCCGCCGUCUCCACGCACAUGCUGGCGGGCGCCGUGGCCGGCGUCAUGGAGCACUGCGUGAUGUACCCCGUGGACUGCGUCAAGACGCGGAUGCAGAGCCUGCAGCCGGAACCCGCCGCCCGCUACCGCAACGUGCUGGAGGCCCUGUGGCGCAUCGUGCAGACCGAGGGCGUCUGGAGGCCCAUGCGGGGCAUGAACAUCACCGCCACCGGCGCCGGCCCGGCCCACGCCCUCUAUUUUGCCUGCUAUGAAAAGUUAAAAAAGACACUGAGCGAUGUUAUCCAUGCGGGGGGCAAUAGCCAUGUGGCCAAUGGUGCAGCCGGGUGUGUAGCAACGUUGCUCCACGAUGCGGCGAUGAACCCUGCAGAAGUGGUCAAACAGAGGAUGCAGAUGUACAACUCGCCUUACCAGUGUGUGACGGACUGUGUACGGACUGUGUGGCGCAACGAAGGGGCUGGAGCUUUCUAUCGCAGCUACACCACCCAGCUCACCAUGAACAUCCCCUUCCAAGCCAUUCACUUCAUGACCUACGAGUUCUUGCAAGAGCAGCUCAACCCCCACAGACAGUACAACCCAAGCUCCCACAUGGUCUCCGGGGCCUGCGCGGGGGCUGUAGCUGCUGCUGCCACUACACCUUUGGACGUUUGCAAAACGCUGCUCAACACCCAGGAGUCUCUGGCCUUGAGCUCCAACAUCAGUGGACACAUCACAGGCAUGGCCAAUGCCUUCAGGACGGUAUACCAAGUGGGCGGUGUGACUGCCUACUUCAGAGGAGUCCAGGCUAGAGUCAUUUAUCAGAUGCCCUCAACAGCAAUUGCCUGGUCUGUGUACGAGUUCUUCAAAUAUAUCCUCACCAAGCGCCAGGAGGAGCGUCGGGCUGGGAAAUGAGCCAGAGCUGAACCCUAUUCCAGACCUGCUUCACCUCCCCUCCUGGUUUGUCUUCUGACCCUCUGCAUUUUGGUUUGGUUUGUGCUGAAGAGAGGGGGCAGCAAAGCCCUUCUGGGUUUAGCAAUGCCAUUUCUUGCCUGUGGCUGCUGCAGCUCUGCUCAGGCUGCACAGCCUGUGCUCUCAUCUCAGAGAGAUCCUGCUGGGAGCUACAGCCCAGGUUGCCUCCCCUUGCACUUCAGUGGAGCUGUGCUCCGGUCCUUCUCUUAACAAAAACCUCCUCUAAUGCGAAGCUCACCCAUUCUUGGAGGGGAAGGUGAAUGUCCUGCACUACCACUAGCGGGGUAAAGCUGAGCUCGCAGUCACCAUGGAAGGGGCAGCAGCACUGCCUAGGAUGCUGAGGGCUGCUGUCUGGCUUUUGGCUGAAGCAAAGUAUAAGCCUUGCCGUUGUCUUGUAGCACGCACACGUGAUGCUGACUGCCCUGGUGGUGGUGGGUGGGGAAGGAUGGCACUUGAGGAGGGGAGUCUGUAGGUUUGUUAUUGUUCCUGCUCUUGACACCUCCAAUAAAAACAGUUCUGCUCUAU